AUGGAUACCUCCGAGGUUCACCAAACCGUGGUUGACGAGACUAUGCCCGACGCCUUCAACGAUCUCCCCGAGGGAGACAUUGAUGCCGUCCCCAAGACCGAAGAGGAGUACGCGCAGUCCAUGCUGACUUUGCGUGCCAUCGUCUCAUCCAAAGAGGCCGGUGUUAUCAUUGGCAAGGCUGGAAAGAAUGUUGCCGACCUGCGCGAUGAGACUGGCGUCAAGGCUGGUGUGAGCAAGGUCGUUCCUGGUGUACACGACCGAGUUCUCACUGUCACUGGUCCCCUGCAAGGCACUGCUCGCGCCUAUUCGAUUGUGGCCAAGGGCCUUUUGGAGGGCGCCCCGCAGAUGGGCAUGGGUGGUGUUGUCUCCAACAAUGGGACCCACCCCGUGCGCCUCCUGAUUUCCCACAACCAGAUGGGCACCAUCAUCGGACGACAGGGCUUGAAGAUUAAGCACAUCCAGGAUGCUUCGGGCGUGCGCAUGGUCGCCCAGAAGGAGAUGCUCCCCCAAUCUACUGAGCGCAUUGUGGAGGUGCAGGGCACCCCCGAGGGUAUUGAGAAGGCCGUUUGGGAGAUCGGCAAGUGCCUGAUCGAUGACUGGCAGCGUGGCACCGGAACCGUCCUUUAUAACCCUGCUGUUCGCGCGACAACUGGCUCCCAGCCGCUUGCCAACAGCAGCAGCCCCACCCCCGCGACUGGCAACGGUUACGCCAGCCGUCAGUAUAACCGCACUGGUAACGGUGCCGACUUCAGCGACAACAGUGGCUACCGUCGGUCCAACUCGGAUGCUGGCACUCGCGGAUUCCCCCAGGUCACCGAAGAUGGCGAAGAGAUGCAAACCCAAAACAUCAGCAUUCCCGCGGACAUGGUUGGCUGCAUCAUCGGUCGGGGUGGAACCAAGAUUACCGAGAUUCGCCGGAGCUCUGGAGCCCGUAUCUCUAUUGCCAAGGCUCCUCACGAUGACUCUGGCGAACGCAUGUUCACCAUCAUGGGCAGUGCCCAGGCCAACGAAAAGGCCCUUUACCUUCUUUACGAGAACCUCGAGGCUGAGAAGACUCGCCGCCACCAGCAGCCCCAGGAGUAA